AUGGGUUCUCGAGCUGUCGUUUUUGGGUCUUCGCCGGCGGUGGCGGUGGAGAUUCUUAAAACCCACGACCGUGAAUUGUCAGCGCGCUAUGCUCCAAAAGCAACUCCAAUUGAAGAGUCUGAUUUGAAGAAAUUCUCUCUUUUAUGGGCAACUGAUUGCCAACCCCAAUGGAAAUCAAUUAGGGUUUUGUGGAAAUCGGAGCUUUUUUCGAACAAAGCAUUGGAUUUGCAGGCUGAAAUUAGAGCAAAAAAGACGGAAGAAAUGAUGGAAUUUUUGCGUACAAAAGAAGGGGAAAUUGUGAAAAUAAGGGAUAUUGUGUUUACAACUGUAUACAAUACUUUGGGAAAUAUUUGUUUUUCAAAGGAUCUGAUUGAUUUUGAUGAUGAGAAAAUGGGGAGUGAUUGGAGGGUGAUUAUGUGGAGGUUCAUGGAGUGUGCUACUACCCCAAUUGUAGCAGAUUUUUUCCCUUAUCUUGAUGGCCUGGAAUUGGAUCCUCUUGGGCUGAAGAAGAAAUCCAAGAAAUGUAUGGAAAAAAUGUUUCAAGUGUGGGGAGAUAUAAUAAAGCAGAGAAGAAUGGAGAACGGCUGUGAUGAUGUGAUUAAUCAUGGGGAUUUCUUGGAUUUUAUGAUGGCAAAUGGAUUUUCAGAUGUCCAAAUACUCUACAUGCUUUUGGAGAUAUUUCCAGCUGGGGCAGGAACUUUAAUUGCAACAAGUGAAUGGGCCAUGGCUGAGCUGCUCAAGAACAAAGAAGCCAUGGCCAAACUCCAUGAAGAACUUGAAGAUGAAAAAGCCGUUGCUGCUAAUUCCAUCUAG